UAUCGAUAUCUGGUAUCAUCUCUAACUAGUGGGUCUAGCCGGUAGAUUAUUUUAUAUUUCACAAAUAUUUAAAUAAAUUAAGUCAGCAUGGACUCGCCGUUGAACGAUGGGUCCCGCCAGGCUCCGCAACACACCCCCCAUCCACUGGCCGACUACCAGUUUACCGCGGAGGAGGUGAAGGCGUUACGUGAGUGCAAUACGGAGUCGUUCUUCCAGCGGAGUCUGCCUUUCGGAACUGGCCUCGGCCUCCUGGCCUACUUUGGCGUGAAGAACGGCUAUCUGCAGGGGAAUGGCAAAUAUGGCGCCGUGCCCAAGGUCGUAAUGGGUGUCAUCCUGGGCUAUUUUGUAGGCAAGUUCAGUUACCAGCAAAAGUGCGCUGAGAAGAUCAUGCGCCUACCCAACUCUCAGUUGGGCGAGAUGCUCCGGCAGCGGAGGCAGGGCGGCGGGGUCAUCAGCACCAUCACGCCGGAUGAGAACCUGGGCAGGGCCUUUACCCUGGCGCCCUUCACGCCCAGCUCGGCCGAUGUGUACAGCGAUGAGGCGUAUCAGCCGGGACGAAGCACUGCGCUCAACCUAGACACAGAGUCGCGGCCCACAAUGUCGGGUCUGGACGACAUUUACCGGCCCACGUUGGACUCUGCUGCAAUGCUGGAUACCGAACUGCCAUUGGAGCCGGCAAAGCCGGGUCAGUCGUACGAGGAUUUGCGUCGGAGAAAUCGAGAGGAGUAUUUGAAGCACCAGCAGAGUCCCUACUCAAAGCCAUACGAGCCACCAACUGCCCUACAGCAGCGUCCUGUGCAGGCGGCACCCUUGGAUCCUGCUGCAGGCGGUAAGAGGAACAAAUACGGCGACUCCUGGACAGACUGAGCUCUCACAUUAGGUAUUUGUUAUUUGUUGGACAUAAAACAGAGUAAAAAAAUUAUGUUGCGAACAGAAGAGAUCUAUUUACAUUUC